AGACCAGACUCACCUGUAAGGGGUGUUUCCUUCAUGAGUGAUCAGUCUAUGAAAUUACCCAUAGCAUUUAAGGAUGGAGACCACCCUGACCAGCAAAUUCAAGUGAACCAAGAGAGACCAGACUCACCUGUAAGGGGUGUUUCCUUCAUGAGUGAUCAGUCUAUGAAAUUACCCAUAUCAUUUAAAGAUGGAGACCACCCUGACCAGCAAAUGUGAGAAUUUAAAGCAAAUGUUUGUAGAUGCAUGUCUUUACUGUUUGGGGGGUUUAUUUAACUGUGAAAUGCACUUCAGUUCAGUUUAUAACCUAGAAUGUGAAUGUUUUUCUUGUGUCUGUAGUCAAGUGAACAAGGAGAGACCAGACUCACCUGUAACUGGUGUUUCCUUCAAGAGUGAUCAGUCUAUGAAAUUACCCAUAGCAUUUAAGGAUGGAGACCACCCUGACCAGCAAAUCCAAGUGAGUCCAGACCCACCUGAACUCAGCGACUGCUUGAGAAAAGAACCAAUUUCAUUCAAUGACAAACAACACUCUGUUGAGAAAAGUUCUGCUGAAGCACCUCCCCCGACCUCCCAGAAUACGUCCGAUGUUCAACAGAAACAUCUGGAUUCCAUUUUCAGGGAGCUGGAGGAGGAGCAGAAACAGGAGCUGAACAGGCUCAAGAAACUACUGGAUCCAAAAUCUUCAGGAGACUCAGAGAACCUGAGAGAAGAUGCUGGAGAAGAAGAGCAGAGAAGCAGCGACAGAGAUGCAGUCAUAAAUAUCGCAGUGAGCUUCUUGAGGAGAAGGAACCACGAGCAGCUGGCCAACAUUCUGCAGAGGAAAAUUCGUGUUCCAGUUUGUCAAGGUAAAUUGAAGUCCAGCCUGAAGAGGAAGUUUCAGUGUGUGUUUGAGGGAAUAGCCCGAGCAGGAAACCCAACGCUUCUCAGUCAGAUCUACACAGAGCUCUACAUCACUGAGGGUGAGAGUAAAGAAGUCACUGAUCAACAUGAGGUCCGACAGAUAGAAGCAGCCUCUGGGAAACAAGCAAGAUCAGCAACCACGGUCAGAUGUGAAGAUUUAUUUAAACCUUUACCUGGAAGGAAUGAGCCGAUCAGGACAGUGUUGACAAAGGGAGUGGCUGGAAUUGGUAAAUCAGUCUUAACACAGAAGUUCACUCUGGACUGGGCUGAAGACAAAACCAACAACAACAUACAGCUUAUCUUCCCAUUCACGUUCAGAGAGCUCAGUUUGUUGAAAGAAAAAAAGUUCAACUUGGUGGAACUUGUUCAUCACUUCUUUACUGAUCUCAAAGAACCAGGGAUAUGCAGUUUAGAAGAGUUUGAGGUUGUGUUCAUAUUUGAUGGUCUGGAUGAGUGUCGACUUCCUCUGAACUUCCACAACAAUGAGAUCCUGACUGAUGUCACAGAGUCCACCUCAGUGGAUGUGUUGCUGACAAACCUCAUCAGGGGGAAACUGCUUCCCUCUGUUCACCUCUGGAUAACCACACGGCCUGUAGCAGCCAAUAGGAUUCCUCCUGAGUAUGUUGACAUGGUGACAGAGGUCAUAGGGUUCAAUGACCCCCAGAAGGAGGAGUACUUCAAGAAGAGAUUCAGGGAUGAGAAGCAGGCCAGCAGAAUCAUCUCCCACAUCGGGACAUCACGAAACCUCCACAGCAUGUGCCACAUCCCAGUCUUCUGCUGGAUCACUGCUACAGUUCUGGAUCACACCCUGACGACCAAAGACAAAUCAGAGCUGCCCAAGACCCUGACUGAGAUGUACGUCCACUUCCUGGUGGUGCAGACCAAACUGAGAAAUGUAAAGUACCACAAAGAAGCUGAAAGAGAUAAAAUCUGGAACAAAAACACCAAGAAGACCAUUCUCGCUUUGGGGAAACUGGCUUUCAAGCAUCUGUAUAAAAGAAACUUGAUCUUCUAUGAAACAGAUCUGACGGAAUGUGACAUUAACAUAACAUCUGCCUCAAUUUACUCAGGACUGUUCACAGAGAUCUUCACAGAAGAGAGUGGGAUAACCCAAGCGAAGGUCUUUUCCUUUGUCCAUCAGAGCAUUCAAGAGUUUCUGGCUGCACUCUACGUCUUUGUGAUGAUCAUCAACACUGGUAAAGACAUGAUAAGAGGAAGGCAGCUUGCAUUACCAUUUGAAACUAAGCUGAAAAAACUCUACCAGAGGGCAGUGGACAAUUCUUUACAGAGUCCCAGUGGACACCUGGACUUAUUUGUCCGCUUCCUCCUGGGCCUUUCACUGGACACUAAUCAGACUUUCCUACGAGGUCUGCUGACAAAGACAGUAAGUAAACCACAGGUCAAAGAAAUGCUGGUGCAGUAUAUCAAGAAGAUAAUCAGGGAAAAUCCCCCUCCAGAGAGAAGCAUUAAUCUGUUUCACUGCCUGAAUGAACUGAAUGAUCAUACUUUAGAGGAGGAGAUCCAACAGAGUUUGAGAUCAGGAAGUUUCUUUGAAAGUAAACCGACUCCCUCUCAGUGGUCAGCGCUCAGCUUCAUCUUACUGUCAUCACAAAAAGAUCUGGAUGUGUUUGACAUGAAGAAAUUCUCAGCUUCAAAUGAGUUACUUCAGUGGCUGCUGCCAGCGGUCAAAGGAUACAAAAAGUGUCUGCUCAGUGACUGCAACCUUUCAUGGAGUAGUUGUGAAGUUCUAGUCCAAGUUUUAACCUCCAACUACUCAAAUCUGAGAGAGCUGGACCUGAGCAACAAUGACCUGCAAAAUGAGGGAGUAAAGCUGCUCUCAGAUGGACUCCAGAGUCCAGAGUGUAAACUGGAGGUACUCAGGUUGUCAGGCUGUCUGAUCACAGAGGAAGGCUGUAAUUUUCUGGCCUCAGCUCUGAGUUCAAAUCCUUCCUAUCUGAGAGAGCUGGACCUGAGCUACAAUCCUCUAGAAGAAUCUGAUCUGAUGCAAUUGUCUGCUGGACUGCAGGACCCAAACUGGGAACUGGAAAUUCUCAACACUGAUCAUUGUGGAAACUGCAGAUUGAGACCAUCCCUCUUCAAGUACUUCUCUGAACUAGAACUGGACCCAAACACAGCACACAGAAACCUCUUACUGUCUGAAAACAACAAAGAAGUGAAGGUGGUGAAAGAGAAGCAGCCGUAUCCUGAUCAUCCAGAGAGAUUUGACGGAUGGAAGCAGCUGCUGUGCACUGAAGGUCUGACUGGACGUUGUUACUGGGAGGUCCAGUGGAGAGGAAGGGUUUGGAUAGGAGUGACAUACAAAGGCAUCAGAAGGAAGGGAACUAGAGACGACUGCUGUAUUGGAUGGAAUGAUCAGUCCUGGUGUGUCUCCUGCUCGCCUCAGGGUUUCAUUGCCUGGCACAAUAACACACCAUCAAUCAUCAACACACCCCCACCCACUGACUCCAACCAGGUAGCAGUGUAUCUGGACUGGAAGGCUGGAACUCUGUCCUUCUACUCUAUCCCCUCCAGAAGCUCCUUUAAUAGAAGGAUCCACCUCCACACCUUUCACUCCACAUUCACCCAACUCCUCUACCCUGCUGUUGGUUUUGAAGAAGGUACAGAGUCUUCAGCUACUCUGACUCUGAUUUAAUGAAGGUUACCUCCUUGACUCUCAGGACAGACUGAGAUAAACAGAUCCAAGCUGUAAUAGAGCUGAACCUUGUAAAGACAAAUCUCUGGCUGUUUGUGGAUGAGCAAAGAAAUAUUUCCAAGACAGAAUUAAUGCAGCUAGAGGAGCAAAGUUAUGAAGUGCAACAUAAAAUAGCGCUUUACCUCUCCAGAGCCUCAGAGCACUGGAUGCAUUAUCCUCACUAGGGUCAUUGGGGUUGCUGUAGCCUAUCCCAGCCGUCAUCGGGUGGGGUUGCCAGUCUAUCACAUCACAACCAUGUCUUUGGAGGGUGGGAGGAAACCCAUGCAGACAGUUUCAGGAGGUCACUCAUCUCCACUGCCAUCAAAUACACAAUUCUAACUGUCAGCGGUCUAAUGGUUAAUGGCUUGGCUGAUUGCACUGACUGUUGCGCCACUGUCUGUAUAUCUCAUGUCUGUACAUAAAUGCUUGUGUAUCCCUAUAUGUAAAAUGGACUGUAGAUUGGACUGUAUAUAUAUAUAUUUGUAAUUCUUACCACCUAUUUCUUAUCCUUAUUCUAUUUUUAUUUUUUAUUAUUAUUGUUACACAUACAUUUAUAUAUUUAACAAAAUUGAAAAAUAAAGAAUAAAGCUGCACUGUUUCCUAGGAACUGAAUGGGCUCUUAGCCAAUUGAGGGGAACCUGACAGGGUCAGUGUGUAAUAUUCAGCCUUGUGAUUGGCUCAGCAGUGAUAGGGGCGGGGCCUACUGUGUACAAGAGGCGUAGGUGAGCUGUUGAUCCUUCAACUAAAAUAUGUUGAAUUCAUGUUAAUGUGUAUUUAAAUAAAUUGAAAUGUGUGAGGGAAAACUGUGGGUGGAAAUUAAAAAAAUGGAAUGUAUGUAAAAAAA